AAUAAUUUAAAGUCUUCAAUGAAUACACAAGAAUUGGCUAUCUAUUAGAUAUAUUAGAAUACUAGAUACACUGAUAAACAAUGGUGUCUAAUUGGUACUCAAUUAUCUACUGUUUUUAUAAUUUUUGGGGUACAGGGUUAAUUUGAAAACUUCGAUUUAUGAUACAAAAAUUAUUGUAACUCAAAUACAAUGGUUUCCACACAGUUUCAUUAACUCUGUGUUUUGAAUAUCCCGAUCGUAUAUCUUAUACAUCUUCAUAGCUUCAGUUUGGUACUGACAUUCUCAAAGGUAUGUUGCAAUUAUUUUGAUUUAAUUUUUUUAAUUUAAUGUUAGAAUUCAUUAUAAUUGGUAAUUAUUAAUUUUUUGUUUUUACAUUUUUUUUUUUUUUUUUAAAUCAUUCUUGUUUCAAUAUGGUUAUAUGUCGUAUCCACUUAGUGUGAUCGUAUUUUUCAUGAAAUGGAUGUUCAUUUCAUGAACCACGAUCAUAACGUGUCAAAUUUUAGUUCAUGAAACGGACAUAUAUUUUAUCCAUUUCAUGAAAUGGAAACUCUUAUUUUACACUUUGUGUAAUAUUUUAAAUUAAUUACAUCAAUAAGUAACUUUUCGUGAAAUCGAAAUAAUAACAUUGAUACUGGUACAUAUCUCACCGUACUAUAUUUAUUAUUAAUAAAUUGUAAAGAUGAGAUAUCGACCGUUCAACAGAUAAAUUUUAGUCGAUAAAAUAUAUAUUUAAUCAAAAUUCAAUUGAAUCAAUUGUAUAAGUGUGAUACGACCAAGGCAUUCUGGAAAAUCUGUGUAUUAUAUUAUUUUUAUAUGAUGCCAGUACGUCCUCUGACUUGAAGCAAGCCGUAUAUUAGCGUUAAAAUGGAAUUUGAUUCAUUUUCUGAANUUGACGUUCAAUUAAUGAUUGAAGACAUUUUAGCAGCAAAAAUAAAAAUGUAAGUAAUCGUUAAAAUAUACAAAAUAUUAGUAAAUAAAAAUUAUAUAUUAAGAAACUUCAAAUAAAAUUAUUACUAUCAGCCAUCAGGGCUUGUCUUACUAACACGUAACAUAGCAAAUUUACGCUCAGCAGUUCACGUUUUAUUCCGUUGGAUUAAAAAUUAGAUAAUAAAUAUUUAAAUAAUAUUAUUUAAUAUUUACAUUAAAUAUUUGUUUAUAAUUUGAAAUUUACAUUAUUUUUUAGUGGCAAAAAAAAGAGGCGAGAUUAUUAUCUCAUCAAAACGUAUGAUGUCCUGUUCGUUACAGAUCAAAAGUUUUUGGUUUAUAUAAAAACUAAUGAAGACGAAGACAUAAGGUAAUUUUUGAUUUGGUUUUUAUAAUUUGCAAUCUGUAUUAUUGAUUUAAUUAUUUUAAUCAAGUACGUUGUACCAUACGAAGAGUUAUACGAUCGUAUUAAGGAUUUUCAUAUUAAAACGGGGCAUGGUGGAAUUGUUUAAUUACGUAUGUCAAUGGGUCAUAAAUACAAAAUUCCGCGACCAGCAAUAGAAAAGUUUUUGUCUGUAUGUGCAAUAUGCAAUUCCAAGUAAGGAGCAAAUCGGAAACUAGUUAUAAAACCAAUUAUAACUAAAGAUUUUAAUGAAAGGGGCCAAGUCGAUUUAGUCGAUCUCCAGUCAACACCUGAUAGUAAAUAUAAAUGGAUCAUGAAUUAUCAGGACCACAAUACAAAAUUUGUAUUAUUGCAUCCACUUGAAAGGAAACGGGCUAUAGAAGUGGCAAACAGAUUACUCACUAUUUUUCUUACAUUUGGGACUCCUAAAAUACUUCAAAGUGAUAAUGAACGAGAAUUUGUGAACUCCAUUAUUAAGGAAUUAAAGGAUCUGUGGCCACAAUGUGUGUCCACGGUUGACCACGUCAUCCCCAAAGUCAGGAAAGCAUUGAAAGAAGUAAUCAAGACAUUGAGAAUAUGAUUCGUGUUUGGAUGAUGGAUAACCAAUCCAAAAAAUGGUCAGUUGGAUUACAAUUUGUACAGUUUCAAAAAAUUCGUCUUUCCAUCGAGCAAUAGGAUGAUCGCCGUAUAAAGCUUUAUUCGGAUGUGACCCGAAUAAUGGAUUGUCAUCAUCAAAUCUUCCAUCGGAAAUAAUAAAAAAAACUAACCACUGAAGAACAUCUUGAAGAAAUUUUAAAUAAUAUUCAACCUAAACAUGAAAAAGAAGAAAUUACAUCAUAUUGUAGCAUUUGCAAUAUAGAAAUGUUAACUGAGUUUGAAUUUUCCGAAAACUGUUAUUUGUGAUUUAUGUAAAACCAGUGAAAAAAUAAGCAAACAAUGUCAACUUGGAUCUCAAGGACAAGAAAAAGCGGCUAAAAUCAUGUUAAAGGUGUCUUUUUAA